CUCUCUCUCUCUCUCUCUCUCUCUCCCCCAAUAACGUCUCUCCAUUAAUGCUUCUCUCUCCACAUUAUUCUUACCCACUAACUACACACACUUUCUAGUUUCUACUCUAUCUUCUCUACUCUUCUCUAGCUACAUUUUCUUUUUCUUUUCAUUUUGACUCUUGUCUUCUCGCGCCUAUCACGCUCCACACUUUUUCCCUAUAAUUUCGAUGUCCAAUAUUACCUCACUAUCCUCCUAGGGUUUUUCUUCUCUCUUCAUCUUCCUCCUCUGAAAUUCUCGAUCUGCACCAUUUCUUCUUCAUCUUUCAUGAUUCGCCAUGGACAAAAUCAAAUCUCACCGCACCAACUCCAAGCUCCAUCUUCCUCAAGGGAAAGAGCAGAUUCAUAAACAACAACAACAUCCGGAUUUGUCUCCUGAUUCUAGUUUAUCCUGUGGCAAGGUUGCAGAGAAAGAUUCGUUUUCAUUUAAAUUUGGGUGGAAAUCUUCUAAACAAUCUGUUGGAACUCCAAUUAAGAAGUUAUUAGCUGAGGAGAUGUCACCAGUGACUGAAUCCAAGAGAAGAUCCCCUGGUGUUAUAGCCAGAUUGAUGGGUCUUGAUGGUCUUCCGUCUCAGCAGCCUACUAAUAAGCAGCACAAGGAUCUACAGAAACCAACGCCUUUAGAGAAAAAUCGAAGCAGAGGAGCGUCAAAUGACGGCCGAUCGUCUAGGAGAAGCUCAAGGGAUCAGGAAGAAUUUAAGGAUGUAUUUGAGGUCUCGGAGAUCCCAAAGGUAGAGAGUGGUAGGUAUUCAUCUUCAGAUUUGAAGGACGGUGAAGAAGAAAUGUCAUUCAUUGAACAGAAGUUCAUGGAUGCCAAACGCCUAGCGACUUAUCAAGAUUUUCAGUCUUCGCAGGAAUUCCAUGAUACACUUGAGGCAUUGGACUCUAAUAAGGAUCUUCUGCUAAAAUACUUGAAGCGGCCAGACUCUUUGUUUAAAAAGCAUUUGAAUGAUCUGCAAGCUACCCCUUUCCAAUCACAUUCCGGUCAUGUAGAAUCAACCAAUAUGGAGAACUUUGAAAAUGAUUUCAAUUGGAGGUCAGAUAGAGAGACAACAGCGGUGAAUUACAACAGGUUUCAUCAGAAGCAUCGCGAUGGUUAUCAUGGCCAAUUCGACAAAAGACGUGCGAUGCAUAAUUCACCAAGAUCUUCAAAGAUUGUUGUCCUAAAACCUAACAUGGGAAAAUUUCAGAGUGGUAUUAGAAUUGAAUCCUCACCUUGUUCUCCGCAUAAUUUUCUGCCAGAACAUGGAAAUCAUGUUGAAUUUUCAGAUGUCAGAUUUAGAGAUACUGAACUGUAUCAAAAAAUAAAUUUGCCUGACAGUGCAAGGUCUUUUAGGCACAAUUCUUUGGAAUCUAGAGAAAUUGCAAAGGAAGUAACUAGGCAAAUGAAAAACAAUCUGAGCAAUGGUUGCACGAUGUCUUCCUCUCCUAGAUUUAAAGGAUACUCUAAACAUGAUAGUUCAAGCAGUGCUUCUGGGAAUGAAUCUCCAGAGGAAAUAACAGCAACUUUGGGUAAGCCGUUUGACUUAAAUAGACGUAGCAGACGGUCACCCCGUCCUAGUGAAUCAUCUGUGAGUAGAGAGGCAAAGAAGAGAUUAUCAGAGAGAUGGAAGAUGGCACACAAGUCUCAAGAGGUGCAAGGCACCAGCAGGAGCAGCACAUUGGCUGAUAUGCUAGCGUUCCCUGGUAAGAGAAUGAAGGGUACACGUUUUGACAGCCUGCCUAGUGGGGAAGGUUUCAAUGAUAAGUUUGCUCGCAACGGCGAACCUUCUGAGUUGGUUGAACCACUGGGUAUCAGCAGCAAGGAUGGUUGGAGGGAUGCAUGUAUUAGUAGUUUGUCAAGGUCGAGAUCUCUUCCUGCUUCAUCUACUGUCUUUGGAAGUCCUAGAACAUUCUUGCGUGCUGAAGCACUUCGUAAUGAUCGAUAUAUGGUGCCAAAGGACCUUAAACGGGAGAGGAGAAGAGUGACAAAGAGUCUUGAUCAUAGACAUGGUAUGAAUUCUAGAAGCACAAUAUCUGGUCACAAGAAGUCUUGGUCUGUGCAUUCACUGAAGCAGGAAGUUAAUGAUUUCUCUCCCGACUUAAAUGAAGUUCAAAAUAACAUGAACACCAAUCUUGAAGAAGAUUCACCCAAUCUCGAGGUUCUGGCUCCUGAAACCUUUGAGCCCCUUAGAGAUAAAAGUGCUGUUUGUGAUGAUGUUUCGGAUGUAGCAGAUGAAAACACUGUUGGGCCUUCUGAAUCUUCUUCGGAUAAGGUUCUUCCUGGAUCAUCGGCUCGUGUCUUAGUAAAAGGCGACAGUCGUGUUGUUGACGAAGAAAAUUCAAUGCAAGAGGACGUAUCAGCUGGUUCUACUGGUGGAAUUUCAGUCCUCUCUGAAGCACCUGUACCUGGACACGAAUCUCCAUGCUGUAAAGAUGCUGAUCAACCCAGUCCAAUCUCAGUUCUUGAUCCUUCUUUUACAGAUGAUCUGUCAUCUUGCUCUGAAUGUUUUGGAAGUGUCAGUGCUGACCUACAAGGGCUUCGAAUGCAACUCCAGUUGCUGAAGUUGGAAUCUGAAGAACAUGAGGAGGGACCUAUGCUAGUUUCAAGUGACGAAGAUGGCGUGGAAGUAUCUUCUAGAAUGUUAGAAGGAAAUGCAUUAUGGAGAACUGAAGAUAGCUGGGAGUCUUCUUACAUUAUUGAUGUUUUGUCUGAAUCUGCUAUUGCUGAUGCUCAAACUGAUAAUAAUUUGGAAGUUUGGCAAUCUCUAGAAUGCCCUGUGAGUGUUUCUGUGUUUGAAGAUCUGGAAGAGAGGUACAGUGAUUUGACUACUUGUUCAAGGUCUGAAAGGAGAUUGCUUUUCGACCGCAUCAAUUCAGGAAUUGUGAAGAUUCAUGAGCAAUCUACUGACCCACAGCCAUGGGUGAGAAAUGCAGUCAAACCUUUUGGAUCAAAAAGGAUUAACGGGCUUCAAGAUGGUCUUUUCCAGAUGCUAGGGAACCAAGGAAAGGUAGAGGAUGAUGUCCUGAGUAAGUUGCUGAUUGAGGAGUCUCAGUGGUUGAAGUUGAGAGAUGACAUUGAUGUAAUAGGCAUAGAAUUUGAGAGAUUGAUAUUAGAUGAAUUAGUGGCAGAAAUAGUCGGUAUCUAGAAAUUUUGUACCCCCGAGAGAAUAGUUGUCCUUAGGAUGUUUCCUAGUAAUGUAAAUCAAGUAGGGCAAUGUUAAUUUCAUCUAAAGAUGAAUAAAUGGAUGAUAAUAUUUUCAUUUGGACAAAUAGAUUAUGAGGAUGUGAAUAAGUUUAGUGGGAA